AUGCAAUGGUUAACCACACACUUUUCUGCCUGCAUGACCAUGGUCCCGAGUCAGUCUAACUACGGGUUUCUUUUUCACACGCCUUUCUACGUCAGCAGCGCAGCGGCAGGCGGCUGGGUCCCUCAGCGUUUGCAAAUCCAGGACCUCAUCCAGCCCCGGCGCCGCGCUCAACGUGGCGCCUGGCAGGGCCCGCACGCGUCCAAGGGCUGUGUGGCCAACCGCCUGCUGCACAGAGACGGACAGCAUGCUCCGCCAGCGACGGGCCCACCUGGUGGGGCACGGGCACGGUGUGCGCGGAGGGCGACCAAGCGCCGAGCCAGCUUCACCACAUCCUCGUGCCACCGCCCGCCCACCUCGCAGCCGAGGAUGCAUAGGCCUUGCGCGCCACUGGCCACCGGUUCCGGGCAUGUGGCAUGGUGUGGCAUGCUUGCGCCGUGUGGCGGCCCUCAGGACAGCCCCAUCUGCCGCUGUAGGCACCAAAGAGAGUCCCGGUCCCAAAUCCGGGAGCCGCUCAUCAUGGCAGAGCUUCGCUGA